UCCUUGGGAGCCAACAAUCCCAUUAGUGUAGCAUCAGAGAAGAGUCUUAAUCCGCUCACUGCAGCAGGAUAAAUGCCAGCACCAGUGCUCUGUUGAGCCACAUCCAACCACCGGCACCUGUGGCCCCGAGACCUGUCUAGCAUCUGCCUGCAUGAGGAGUCCUGCCCAACCUGAGGGCAUCCAGAAGCCAGGGGUCACUGCAGUAUCUCUGCCAUCCUCACCAUGAACCUGGAGGUGCCCAAGGCUGAGAUCCGGUCAGCCACCAGGGUGAUAGGAGGACCUGUCACCCCCAGGAAGGGGCCACCCAAGUUUAAGCAGCGGCAAACCAGGCAGUUCAAGAGCAAGCCCCCCAAGAAAGGCGUCCAAGGGUUUGGGGAUGACAUCCCUGGAAUGGAAGGCCUGGGAACAGACAUCACAGUCAUCUGCCCUUGGGAGGCCUUCAACCACCUGGAGCUGCAUGAGCUGGCCCAGUAUGGCAUCAUCUAGCCCAACAGCUGCCAGGAGCCCUGGACCCUCCAGGUGCCCUCUGUGAGGCUCACUCAGGGGCCCUGUCCAGAGCCUCCAGUCCUACUUAUAUCUGGGCUCCAGGGUGGGAUGACCUCAGGCUCUGGAUACCAGCUACCAGGAGCCCCCCAACCUCCCCCAGGACACCCUGCUCACCUUCCAAAGACCCUGGCCUACCCCCUCAGGUCUGCAGGUGGCCCGUCCCAGGCUCUUCCCCCUUUGAGGCUGGAAUGCACAUGGGAGUAUCCCCCAUACCCCAGGCCCUGCACUUCCCUCCCAGCUGGGUGACCUGGGUGGCACAUGAUGGGUCAGGAGUCUACAGCACAUGCAGUGAGACAAUGUUCUCCCACUCAUCUCCCACUCAACCUUUCCAACAUGGCCCACCUUUGCUGCCCCUGUUUCAAAAUAAA